AUGGACCGUUCGGUGCUCCUGCUCCUCUGUAUAUACCUUAUUGGUAUUGCGGCUCAAUCAACUAUCCCCGAUGAAGACCCAGGUUGGAGAAAUGAUCCGGUCAAUAACGAAAAUGUAGAAUGGCAUCAAUCUCCCUCCACACAAACGAGCAAACAAACAUUUGUCCUGAAAUAUUCGAAUGAUAAAAAUCUGGAAUCAUCCGAACAACAUCGUGCUCGUCUGUUCGGCACUGCACAUUUACCCUCACGAGACUUGCCAUCUUGUCUUAGUUUUACCUAUCAAACGAAAGAUGAAAGAUCGAGCAAAUUAUCUGUUUUUGUUCACAAUCGAACUGUCUGGCGUAGCCGAUCACGUUUAGGACAGAGUGAAAAUCAUAUUCAAUUGAAUAUUUCCUUAUCAACCGUUAAUUCAUUACCAAAGGCAACUCUUGUUGGUUUUGACGGACAAGUAACAAACGAGGGAGAAAUUCAAUUGGAAAACAUCGUCAUUACUCAUCAAGCAUGUCCUACUUUAACAUUCAAACUACCAAGUACUAGACGUUCAAAUUCGCCCAUUCAAUCUUCUCAAUCUCGAACAACACGAUACCUUACAACAAAAGCUGUUGCUGGUUAUGAUUGCACAUUCGAACAAGACAUGUGCGGUUGGACAAAAGGUCAACAUAAUACGCUCGAUUGGUUUCGUGAACAACCAAGUGGAAAUCAACUUGCCGGUAUUAUUGGUCCAUUAACUGAUCAUACAUAUGGAAAUUCAACCGGUUAUUAUGUUACAACACGAGUACCGAUUCCUGUUCCUGCAAUAUCAGAUAUUGAUCUAUCAUCUAUUGUUAGUCCACGUUUACCCGAUAAUGCACAAACGCCAAUGUGUGCUGAAUGGUGGUAUAUGAUGCAUGGUACAGAUCAGACAGAAUUCAAUGUUUAUUUAAUUCCAAAUGAAAAUUUUACUUCACAAAAAUCUAUUUGGAGACGAUACGGCGAUCAAGGACGUCAUUGGCAAUAUGCUCAAGUGCAAAUUGAACCAGAAAAUAAAAUCACUCGUGUUCUUUAUGAAGUUAUUGCUAUUUGGAGUAUUCGAUCAGAAGUUUCCGUAGACGAUAUUAAACUUUUGGACGGACCUUGUAUUAGACCAGAUUUUUAUUCUGUUAGUUGUACAUUUGAAGAAGAACAUAUCUGCGGAUAUUCAUCAGAUGCCAGUGGACAAUUAGCAUGGACUCGAGGACGAGGUGCGACACUAACAGACUUCACUGGUGCUACUGAAGAUCAUACACUUGGAACAGAACAAGGUCAUUUUAUGUUUAUUGAAUCAUCAUCUCCAAAAAAGUUAGGCGAUAAAGCACGUUUAAUAUCAACUAUGGCUCAACCAGAAGACGGCCGUUGCUUGGAAUUUUGGUAUCAUAUGUAUGGUCAAGAUAUUGGUCAAUUAAAUGUUUAUGUAAAUACGAAUACAUUAAAUAAUGAUUCACGUUCACUUGUUUGGUCACGUGGUGCUAAUGUUGGUGAUGUAUGGCGUAAGGCUCACGUAGCAACUGAAUAUAGUGCACCGUUUCGUGUUAUUUUCGAAGGAGUUAUUGGUAAAGGACAUCAAGGUGAUAUUGCAAUAGAUGAUAUUGAAAGCUUAAAGGUAUCAUGUCGCGAACCAAACAAUUGUGAUUUUGAAGGUGAUACAUUUUGUGGAUGGGAAAAUGUCAAGAAAACUGAUCAAUUUGAUUGGGAAAUAACCAGUGGUGCAUCAUCAAGUACACUUAUUAGUGGUCCAUUGGCAGAUCAUACACUUCAAACAGGCGAAGGAUCAUACGGAUAUAUUGAUUCAAAUAAUAAUCGAAAAAUAGGUGACAAAGCUUUACUUAUUUCACAAUCAAUGUCUGAUACAGGUUUAAAUGGAAUGUGUUUUGAAUUCUUCUAUCACAUGUUCGGCGAAGGUAUUGGUGCAUUAACAGUAUAUUUACAAAAAGAAGGUUUUCAACCAAUACCAAUGUGGACAUUAUCUGGUCAUCAAGAUGAUAAUUGGUUUGAAGGAAAAGUUGGUUUUGCUGUAGAUUCGGAUCAUUCACUAUUAAUCGAAGCUAAAAUCACUCAAAACGACGAGGGUGAUAUCGGUAUUGAUGAUCUAUUAAUAACAAAUGGCUACUGUCCAACAUUUCCAGCAUUUGCUAUACCACCCGAUGCUUAUACAACAACGCGACCAGCCGUAACAGCAGGACUAACAACUCCACCGCGUGUACCAUCGGAUUUUGAUUGUAACUUUGAAAGUGCCACAUGCCCAUCAUGGACUAUCAUAACAAAACCUGGACUAGCUUGGACACGUGUUCAAGGUGUAACAGCAUCACAACAAGAUGUACAUAAUCCAUUGUAUGAUCAUACAGGAAAUCAACCAACUCAAUAUUAUCUUUUACUUCAACCAAAUAAAACAGCACCAAUUACUAAUAAUAAUAUCUCAAGUCAAUUUCGUAGUGUACCAUUGGGUAAUAAUCGUCAAUGUUUAGAAUUUUGGUAUUUUAUGUAUGGUCCAAAUGUUGGUAGUCUAAGUGUUGAAAAACUUUCCGGUGUAUUGUCUCAAGUACGAUGGACAUCAGCAGGUGGCAAAGGUUUUGAAUGGUAUCAUGCACAAGUUAAUCUUCAAGCAUCAACAAGCAAUCCGCCACAAUAUAAUAUUGUCAUCGAAGGAACAUGGUCAGAUGCCAAUCGUGGCGCAAUUGCUAUCGAUGAUAUUAUACUUCUUAAUGGAACUUGUCAAACAACUUCGGAUCAAUGUGAUUUUGAUUCAGAUGAUUCUAUUUGUGGCUAUCAAUAUUCACCAUCAGGGCAAUUUAAUUGGACCCGUGGUUUAGCAUCUGUUGUUCAACUAGGUGUUAAUCCAAAUGUUGACCAUACAACACAAACUAAUGAGGGUUAUUAUAUGUUAGCUGAAGGCAAAAAUCGAAAUAUUUAUGAUCGCGCAUUACUUUUAACACCAGUUCAAGAACGUACAAGUGGUUCAUGCCUACAUUUUUGGUAUUUCAUGCAUGCAACAACACAAAAAAUUCAAUUAAAUGUUUAUCUAAGUCCACAAGGUACCGAUGGUUGGGUUUUUGGUGGUAAUUUCGAUAAUCGUUGGUUAUAUGCACAAAUGAAUGUCAGAAGUCCAAAUCAACCAUGGCAAGGAGUAUUCGAAGCUCAAGUUUUGGUACAAAAUCCUGAUGCCAGUGUGUCUCUUGAUGAUGUUUCGAUCACACGAGGUUUAUGUCCAAGUCUAGGCGAUUGUACAUUUGAAACUGAUUUAUGCGGUUGGCAAAAUAAUGAUAUCGAUGCUGAUAUGGAUUGGCUUGUCGGAACGGGGAUACAUUCAUUGGGAACUGGACCACAAUUCGAUCAUACUACAAAUACAGCACAAGGAAAAUAUUUAAUGAUUGAAACAUCACUUCCAACAAAACCAGGUGAUCGUGCACGUUUACGUAGUCUUAUUUUUGAUGGAACCAAUGGAGAUGCGAAAUGUUUUAGAUUUUGGUUUCAUAUGUAUGGCGAUUCAAUUGGAACAUUGAAUGUUUACGUUUUCGAUGGUACAUAUAAACGAAUAUGGUCAUUAUCAGGUAAUCGUGGUAAUAAUUGGUAUGAAGGUCAAGUUUCAUAUAUUUCCUCGGUUCCAUAUCAAAUGAUUAUCGAAGCUAUUGCUGGAAAAGAUUACUUGGGCGAUAUAUCUAUUGAUGAUUUUACAUUUACAACAAGUAAUUGUUCGAUUCGACCGAUGAAUGAUGCUGUACCAACAGCGGCAACCACUCUUCCAUCAACACUGUCAACAACAACUAUACGUCAAUCAACUUUAGCACCGCAAUCACCAUGGGAUUGUAAUUUUGAGCAAGGUGUUCUUUGUCCAACGUGGACGCAUGAUAACACUGCUGAUUUUCGAUGGGCAGCAAAACAAGGUCAAACACCAUCAAUGAAUACUGGACCUACUACUGAUCAUACGUAUGGAACAUCCGAUGGUUGGUAUAUUUACAUGGAAGCUAGUUUUCCACAACAAUAUAAUCAACGUUGCCGUAUAGUAUCAGAAGAAAUUCAAGGACAAAAAUGUUUACAAUUUUGGUAUUAUAUGUAUGGUAUGGAUGUUGAUACAUUAAAUGUUUAUAUUAAAGUAAAUGGUAAUAUGGGUAAACCAGUAUGGACACGUACAAGAGAUCAAGGUAAACAAUGGCUUAAAGGACAAUAUCCAAUAUUUCCACAAGCGAAUACCAAAUUUCAAAUUGUAUUCGAAGGCAUUGUUGGACAAUACGGUCUUGGUGAUAUUGCUAUUGACGAUAUUGUUGUCUAUCAAUCAUGUCCAAAUGAAGAUCGAUUAUGUUCCUUUGAAGAUCCAAAACUAUGUUCUUACUCCAAUGAUGCUACAACACAGUACAGCUGGAUACGUGCAACUGGUAAUGAUCCAGUAGCAACUGGUUUUAAACCAUUGACCGAUCAUACAGAUGGUACCAGUAAUGGUGCAUAUAUGCUUGUUGAUAUUUCUAAACAAGCACCAGGCGUAACUGACCAACGAGCACGUCUUACUUCGCCAGUAAUAGUUCCUAAUGGAGAACAGUGUGUUGAAUUUUGGUAUUAUUCAGAUGGUGACUUAAUUAGUACUCUAUCUAAAUUACAAUUAUUUGUACGAACAAGUAAACAAACAACAAACACGACAGGCUAUUUAAUUUGGUCGAAAAAUAUCCUUCGCGAGGGCCAAUGGCGUCUUUCACAACAACGUAUUCCACACGGUCUUAGUUUAACACCAUAUCAGGUUAUUUUUGAAAGUAUAAUUUUUAAAUUCGGUGCAAAUUCACCAACCGUGGCUAUUGAUGAUGUAUUUAUUCGUGAUCGAGCUUGUCCUGAAUCGGGCGAUUGUGAUUUUGAAAACGGAUUGUGUACAUGGCGUAAUUUCUUACUUUUUGGAAAUGCUACUUGGUUUGUUGGAUCGGGUUCAUCGAAACCACCUUAUAAUGGACCUGCAAAUGAUCAUACAUUAGGAAGUGACCAAGGUCAAUAUCUUCUUUUAAGUUCAUCCUACACUAAUCAACAAUCAGUUGUUGCUGUUAUUCAAAGUGAAACAUUUCCAUCAACUUCAACUUCUGGUCGUUGUUUAACAUUCUGGUAUGUCAUGCGUGGUAAUCAAUUAGGUCGUGUCGAUGUCAAUAUUUCAACUUCACAAAAUACAUACAUGAUAUGGUCAUUGGGUUUCAUAACUCAAGGUGAAUCAUGGCAAUUUGCAUCUGUCGGCUACUAUGCUGACGAGGAUCAUAAUAUUGUCAUUGAAGGAAGUGUCAGCGCACAAAUGAACGGUUAUUAUGCUAUCGAUGAUAUCGAUAUUCGAGAUGGUUAUUGUGGAAUAACUCCAAUAACGGCAGGUGCUACUAUGUUAACAACACCACAAACAGCAACUCGACCAACGACACCAUUUCAAAAUCCAAGUAUUUAUGAUUGUACAUUUGAAGUCGAUUUUUGCCAAUGGACUUUCCUUACUGAUGGUGCUCUUAAUUGGACUCGAAAUCGAGGUGCUACUUUAACAGCUGAGACUGGUCCUCAAUUCGAUGUAACAACACAUACGAAUCAAGGCUGGUAUAUUUAUCUUGAAACAUCUUUUCCUGUUAAACUCAAUGAUACAGCACGUUUACUAUCACCAUCCAUUGCUGGGUCAACAACGAAAUGUUUUGAAUUUUGGUAUCAUAUGCACGGACCUGACAUCAAUCGUUUGGAUGUGUUAAUUGUUGAUUCAUCAAAUGUUGAAACAACUGUUUGGUCGCGUGAAGGAUCUCAAGGAAACAUCUGGCGUUUAGGAAAAGUUAAAUUAAAUGGUAUCACAAGUCUCUACAGCAUUAUUCUCCAAGGUGUUGCUGGCGUAAGUUUUCAAGGAGAUAUUGCUUUAGAUAAUCUGCAACUUAUUGAUGGUAAUUGUCCAAGUGAUUUACCAUUUGAAUGUGAUUUCGAUGAUGAAGAUUUAUGUGGUUUUACAAAUGAUCCAACAGAAAAACAUCGAUGGACCAGACAUAAAGGAGCAACGCCAGGCACAUUAAAUGGACCAAGUUUUGAUCAUACUACAUUGACUAGUAGUGGCUAUUACGUAUAUGUUCCAAGCGCUAGUUCAAGUCGUGAAGGCGAAAAAGCUCUAUUAGUAUCUCCAUGGAGAAAUAAUACAAAUGGGCAAUGUCUUUCAUUUUGGUAUCACAGCUUUGGUGCUGACGUUGGCUCAUUGACAGUUUAUAGACGUGUAUUAUCAACGAGUCAGCUAUAUCCAUUGUGGAAAGUUAAUUAUAAUUUUGGUGAUAUUUGGAAUGCAGCUGAAAUAACAAUAAGAAAAACCGACGAACCAUGGGCAUUCGCAUUCGAAAGCGAAUAUGGUGUUGGAUUUUUUGGUGAUCUAGCUAUUGAUGAUGUUACUCUACGAGAGGGAUUUUGUCCAACGUUAGGUUCAUGUUCAUUUGAAUCAAUUGAUUUCUGCACAUGGCAUAAUAUUCGUUCGCCAGCAGAUCAAUUUGAUUGGCUUGUUGCACAUGGUGAAACAGAUUCAGCAUUUACUGGACCAACAGUUGAUCAUACGUUUAAUGAUGCUUUUGGCUAUUAUGCUUAUAUUGAAACAUCGUCACCAAGACAAACUAAUGAUCGUGCUAUUCUUGAAUCAACAAUACUUAUGCCAACAUCAUCGAUUGGUUCCUGUUUUUCAUUUUGGUAUCAUAUGUAUGGAACUGUUGGUUCGCUGAAUAUCUAUGUCAAUGGUGUUAAAUCUAAAGAGCCAUUAUGGGUUUGGGGAUUAAAAGAAAAUCAAGGUGACAAAUGGUUGAACGGUCAAGUGACUGUUAAAUCAAGUUCAUAUUAUCGAAUACGAAUUGAAGGAAUUGUUGGUAAUUCAUUUCAAGGAGAUGCAGCUAUUGAUGAUCUUCGUAUAUUCGAAAAUCCGUGUGUUCUAACACCGCCAGAUGCUGAGCCCUUCAAUAUUGUACCAACAACAACAUCAACAAGACCAACUAUCACAAAUCCACCGGGACCCUAUGAUUGUACAUUUGAAAGUGGAAUAUGUAACGGUUGGGAAAAUAUGGCAAAUAAUCAAUUUAAUUGGACACGUGUACAAGCUUCGACUGUAGCAGCACCAGAAAUCGAUCAUACAACAAAUACGGUUCAAGGUUAUUUCAUGCAAGCUGAUUUGAGUAAAGGUGGAGCAAAUGAUUAUGCGCGUUUGAAAAGUCCGACUCUAAACAACCCUCAAUGUAUGACAUUCUACUAUCAUUUGCUUGGACACGGUGGUACACUCAAUAUUUAUAUGGCUGAUGGCAAUAAUCUCGGUAUAUCACUUUGGAAACGAACAGGUACACAAGGUGAUUUAUGGCGUUUUGGACGAAUGGAAAUUAAAAAACUAAAUGUUAAUAUUGUUUUUGAAGCUAUUGCUGGUCCAAAUUCCAUCGGUGAUGUAUCGAUUGAUGAUGUUAUAUUUACACCUGGUACAUGUCAAGAAAGUGCCGCUAUUGGCGGAUCAUGUACAUUUGCGGACUUCGCACAAUGUGGUUUCACACAAAAUGCAACCGCAUCAUCUUUACAAUGGAAGACAUAUACUGGCAGUGAUACUCAAGUGCGUACGACACCGAUUCCAUUCGAUCAUACAACUGGCACGAAUCGUGGUUCAUAUGCUUAUGUUGAUCUCGAAAAUCAAGGUGAAAAUUUAAAUGGUCGUCUCUAUUCACCAAUGUAUACAUCAACGAAAAAUCAAUCAUAUUGUCUUGAAUUUUAUUAUGUACUAGCCGGUUCAAAUAAUACAUUCAAUGUAUUAACUGAAACAACUGGUAGCGCACAACAAGUUUUAUUUACACGAAACUAUGACCAUGGUUUCAUAUGGAAUAAAGGUGAAGCUACUCUAUCAACAUUAAAUAAUGCUCGUAUUGUUUUCGAAAUUAUAACUGGUUACUUACGACAAGGAUUUGUUGCAAUCGAUGAUUAUAUGGUUAAAGGAGGUGAAUGCAGUUCACGUUCAAAUGAAUGUACAUUUGAUGAUAAUACGUAUUGCUCAUGGACAAAUGCAGCAGAUAAUCAAUUCGAUUGGAUUCUUCGUAAUGGUACAACACCAUCGCUUGAUACAGGACCCAACGGAGAUCAUACUACUGUCAGCGGGUUUUAUAUUUAUAUUGAAACAUCUGUACCAGCUGAAUCUGAAUGGAAAGCUCGAUUAGAAUCAGAAAUCUAUUUUGAUAAUCGUCCAAGAUGUUUUUCAUUUUGGUAUAAUAUGUACGGAAUGGAUGUUGGUCGUUUAAUGAUUUAUGUACGUUCAAUCGUAUCUGCUAAUUUUACUUCAGAAUCAUUAGUAUGGGCAUUGGCUGGGCCACGCGGACCAGAAUGGAAACAUGCAUUUGUACCUAUUCAACCAAAUGGUCGAUAUCAAAUUAUAAUUGAAGGUGUUCGUGGAAAAUCAUUUGAAGGUGAUAUCGCUGUUGAUGAUAUCGGAGUUUUACAAACAGAGUCAUGCAAAUUACAACCAUUUGAAGCUGAUCCAGCUGAAGUUUCACAAGCAUUAGUAACUUGUCGAUUUGAGGAAGAUUUUUGUCAAUGGAAAUUCGAUCCAACAGGUCAAUUCAAUUGGACUAGACAUACAGGAAGUACAUCCUCAUUUGAUACAGGCCCAACUACAGGCGCAGACGAUUCACCAUAUUACAUUUAUAUCGAAGCAAGUUUUCCACAAGUAGAAGGUGAUCGUGCUGGUCUUAUUUCACCAUAUAUAUCAAAGCCGAUAGGAACGAUGUGUUUUCAGUUUUACUAUCAUAUGUGGGGUGGAAAUAUUGGUUCAUUACAAAUAUCAACAUUACAAAAUACACCGAAUGGUAUCCAACAAAAUCUAAUUUGGGAACGUAAUGAAACCCAAUUAAAACAAUGGCGCAUUGGACAAAUUAAUUUACGUAAUAUUCCAUAUAAUUUUGCUCUCAAACUCGAUGGUUAUGUUGGAAGUGGAUGGGAAGGAGAUAUAGCACUUGAUGAAAUAUUUUUAACCGAUGGUGAAUGUCCACCAUCAGAUUGGUGUGAUUUUGAACUUUCGUUCUGUGGAUGGAUUAAUGAUACAACAAGUGAUUUCUAUUGGACACGUACACAAAAAGCAACGGAUUCGGUUGGUACUGGACCGACAACAGAUCAUACGACGGGAACUGAUCGUGGUUAUUAUAUUUAUAUUGAAACAUCGGCUCCUCAAAUUCGUGGACAAAAAGCGCGAUUAAUAAGUCCAAUGUAUACUCAAGCAUCAGCAGUUUGUUUGAAAUUUCAUUAUCAUAUGUAUGGACCAUCGAUUGGUUCAUUAAAUGUUCUUAUUGCUGGUACACAACGAUUAUUAUGGACAAAGAGUGGUAAUCUCGGUAAUCGAUGGCGCUAUGGACAUGUAACUGUAAGUAGCAAUGAUCCGUAUCAAAUAGCGUUCGAAGGUGUUGUCGGUUCAAGUUUUCAAGGUGAUAUUGCUGUUGAUGAUAUUUCUCUAGUAAAUGGUCCAUGUGAAGAAGAAGGAAGUUGCAAUUUUGAAGACGGCACUUUUUGUGGAUUUUACAAUUCUAAAGAUGAAGACAAUUUUGAUUGGGCACUCAAUCAAGGCGGCACAAUAUCAUUCGAUACAGGACCAACUGUUGAUCAUACAACGGGAACAAGUGUUGGCUAUUAUGCUUAUAUUGAAUCAUCGUUUCCACAAAAUCACGGAGAUAAAGCAUGGCUCGUUAGUGAAGUUCUCGAAUCGCCAAAAGGUGCUUGUCUUGACUUUUGGUAUCAUAUGAAAGGCAAUACAACUGGCAAUAUGAGUGUUUAUCAUCGAGUCUUAGAUGCAAAACCAACAUCAUUAUGGUUUAAAGAGGGUAACCAAGGCGAUCGAUGGAUAAAUGCUAAAAUUGAUUUACCAACUACAAACGAUCAUUAUGAUUUCAUUUUUGAAGGUGUUGUGGGUGAUGGUUUCGAAUCGGAUAUAGCUAUUGAUGAUGUCAUCUUCAUUCAAGGCGGUACUUGUGCUUAUUUUGCUUCAACAACUCCAGCACCUGUAACACCACAGCAAGCUGCUUAUGAAUGCGAUUUUGAAGAUGGUACAUUUUGUGAUUGGCAACUCGAAACAAACGAUAAACCAUGGGUAGUUUCAUCUGGCCAAACAGCAGUCUAUGGUCAAGCACCAUUAACAGAUCAUACAGCACAAAAUGUCUUUGGGAAAUAUGCUUAUGUACAGGUUCAACCAACAGGCGGUUCUGUCUACUUUUCUACGAUUGGUUUUCGUUCAUUACCGAAAGGUUUAACAUUAUGUCUCGAUUUCUGGUAUCAAGCAUUUGUCUCAAGCGAUACAUCACUAAGUGUUUACGUACAAAAUGGAACAUCGCCAGCCGUCGUUACAUGGACUCGACGUGGAACAACAGCACGCGAUCAAUGGUCACAUACUUCAGUUAAUUUAGGCACUAUACGUAGUACAACUCAUUUAACUAUUUCAGCUGUUAUUAUACCUCGUACAAUUGGUUAUGUUGCAGUGGAUGAUUUGAAGUUACUUAAUGGUGCAUGUCAAUCACCACGUAUCUGUGAUUUUGAAGAUUCAUUAAUCUGUGGUUAUCGAAAUGACGCUACAGCAGAAUUUACAUGGUCACGACAUAAAGGUGCUACUACAUCGUCAUCAACAGGAGCCACAAAUGAUCAUACAUAUGGAACUGCAAUUGGUUAUUACAUGUAUAUUGAAACAAGUUUACCACGACAACCCAAUGAUAAGGCUCGUCUCAUAACACCCCAAUAUGAGGCUGCAGCAGGUGGAUCAUGUUUACAAUUUUUCUAUCAUAUGUGGGGUAUAGAUACUGGCGCACUUAAUGUUUAUCUUCAGACUGGCACCACUAUUCAAGGAUCUCCUUUGUGGGCGCUGGGACAAGAUCAAGGUGAUCUCUGGCGACCAGCUCGUGCAACAAUAAGAUCAUCAGGAAAAUUUCAAGUUAUUUUCGAAGGUGUUGUUGGUAAAAGUUUUCUUGGUGAUAUUUCGAUCGAUGAUGUUUCCAUAACACCAGGCGCAUGUAAUGCUGCUGGUUCGUGUACAUUCGAACAAGAUCUAUGUUCAUGGACGCCAUCAGAAGGAAACAAUGAUUUUGAUUGGUAUCGUUUAUCAUCGAAACAAAUAAGUUUAAUUUACAAUGGUACAAAUUACCCUCAAACUGAUACAACAGUAAACAAUGCAUACGGACAUUUUCUAUGGGCAGCACCUGAUUUUCGUUCAAAUCGUAUGAAUCAAUCGGCAAAUCUUUAUUCUGAAAUACUCUUGGCGUUUCAAAAUCAAGCUGGCGUUUGCGUAUCAUUUAGUUAUUUCGUAACUGGUACAUCGUCAUUAAAUGUUUAUUCACGUCCACGACCAGCUGGUGGCAGUUCUGUGUUACUAUGGUCGGUUAAUGGUGAUCAAGGAAAUAAGUGGUUGCAAGCAAAUGUUGAUGUAUCUGUGACAGGAAGUGAUUUUGAAAUCUAUUUCGAAGGAAAAUUCAAUCAAAUUACUACUGCUGGUUCGAUCGCAUUAGAUGAUUUAUAUAUUCAUUCAUCGGCAUGUUCAGCAAUUGAUACAACACCAUCUCCAUUCGUUCCAUUUGAUUGUGGUGAUGGAAUAACAGUAUCGCAAGCAGAUGUUUGUAAUUUUAUAACUGAUUGUUCGAAUGGUCGCGAUGAACAAAUCUGUGGUGACUGUACAUUCGAACAAGAUACAUGUCGUUGGCUCGAUUCUAGUCCUGGUGCUUUUGCUUGGGCACGUGAUCAAGGUCUGAAUGCUGCACCAGCAAGUUUAGGACCUGUUGUUGAUCACACAGCUCAUACUAGUCAAGGUUAUUAUAUGUAUGUACGAAUAAGUGACGGUAUUGUUUGGGAUGAAGCUAUAUUUGAAUUACAACAACUUCUUCAGCCAAGCUCAGCAACAUGUGAAUUAGAAUUUUGGCAUCAUAUGAUAAACGAUCAAUUUCUCAGUGUACAUUUAAUCGAAGGUGAUGAUUCUAUUGAUAUAUGGGAAGAAGAACAUACUCAUAGUGACCAAUGGCUCCGUGUUAUAAUCCCACUCGGUCGUAUUGCGCGACCAUGGCGCUUACAAUUUUUAGCAGAAAAGGGCUGGGAGGAUGGCAACAUUGCUAUUGAUGAUAUUCGUUUACUCGGCUGUCAAUUUCCAGCUAUACGACCUAAUUGUACAAGUGAUCAAUUUCGAUGUCAACGUGGUGCUUGUGUACCAAAAAAUCGUAUUUGCGAUUUUACUGAUGAUUGUGGUGAUAAUUCCGAUGAACUUAAUUGUACUAGUAAUGUUAUGUGUAGUUUUGAAGAGCCAACAGGUUUGUGUGGAUGGGUACAAGACAAAACUGAUAAUCUUGAUUGGGAACUUGGACAAGGUGCAACAUCUUCGUUUGGCACUGGACCGAAACGUGAUCACACACUUGGUUUGCCCAGUGGUCAUUUCAUUUUUCUCGAAGCAUCGUUUCCAGCUGUUAAAGGUGACCGAGCUCGUGUUUUAUCACCUGUUAUGAAUAAUACGGGAGGUGGAUGUAGAUUUCGAUUCUAUUGGCAUUUGUACGGCGAAGAUAUUGGUGAACUCAAUGUUUACACACGUACCGCUAAUGGUGGACCCAUGAGUCGAAUUUGGACAAAAAAUACUGAAGCUGGUGAUUUCUGGGAGCGAACUGAUCUUGCAUUAUUGAAUAGUCAACCAUUCCAAAUCGUACUCGAAGCUGUCGUUGGUGAUGGUUUUGCUGGAGAUAUUGCUAUUGAUGAUACAUCAUUUACAACAGGUUGUAUUUUAUCAGAUGUUAUUUUACCAACUGAUACAACUCCACUACCAACAACAACAACAACAAAUCAAUGUGGGGCCACCGGUCAAUUUAUGUGUGUAGAAAAUGGGCAAUGCAUUGAUAUAGAAAAAGUAUGUGAUUUUAAAGUUGAUUGUCCAACACCAGGUGGCAGUGAUGAAGCUGAAUGCGGCGCAUGCACAUUUGAUAAUAACAAUGGAACCUUAUGUGGUUGGAAAGAUUAUUCGUAUUCAGAGUUCCAAUGGGUAUUAGCAACGGGACAGACCAAUAUGGGACCGCCUAGUGAUCAUACAACAAGAAAUGGAUUUUAUAUUACUGUACCACCAAGUGAUUUCUUUGCGUAUGCAUCAAUACGUUCACCAAUUGUAGGACCAGCCGGUAUUGAAUGUCAAUUGAGAUUCUGGUACUAUAUGAAUUAUGAUGCAAAUGUGGACGCGAGCAGAAUCGCGGUGUAUAUUCGAGAUGAUGGUGACGAUUUCAAUUCAUUCGUAUUUAUUGAAAGCAUAGACGAUUCAAGCGGACCACAAUGGAAACAGGCAGUUGUUAAUAUUGGACGUCAUACACAACGAUUUGUUAUUGAAAUCGAUGGAUCACCGGACGUAAAUAAUGCUAUAGGUAUUGAUGACAUAGAUUUUUACAAUUGUCAAGCAGGAUCUCCACCUGAACUUGGCUCGUCAAUUGAUUGUACAUUUGAACAAGGUUUCUGUAACUUCUUUCAAGAUGACUCAGCCGAUUUCGAAUGGGAACGUGUAAGUACAGAAACAAGUUCAUCAGGCACAGGACCAGGCUUUGAUCAUACAACUGGAUCAGGUUAUUAUGCGUAUAUUGAAACAUCUUUUCCAAGACUACCAGGUGAACGUGCUCGAUUGAUUUCAGCAUUACAAUUUCCAUCGUCUACUCCUCGGUGUUUAACAUUCUGGUAUCAUAUGUAUGGUCCUGAUAUUGGUGCAUUAAAUGUAUUUGUUCAAACUGUACCAAUUAGUCAAGAUAAUAUAUCAUCAGCACUUGUUUGGACUAAAUCAGGUACGCAAGGUAAUCAAUGGCAUCGUGCAACACAAACAAUAUACGGUCUUAAUUCAACUGGUGUGUACGGUUGGCGUAUUGCAUUUGAAGGCAUCGUUGGAAAAGGUUUUCUUGGUGAUAUUGCACUCGACGAUAUAUUCCUGAGUGGAUCAGCAUGUCCACCUAGUCGUGUUUGUGAUUUUGAACUUGAUUUAUGUGAGUUUCAACCAAAUCCAGCUGCAAGUUGGAUACGACAACAAGCAACUAAUCUACCGAAUUUUGUCAAUCAAGAUCAUACAUCAUCAACAUCACUUGGCUAUUUUGCUAUGGCUACUCAAGACACAGCGAAAUUUGUCAGUCGACCAUACACAAAUGCAGGUGAUGAAUGUUUGAAAUUUUGGUAUUUUGUCAACGGACCAAGUGGUACAACUGGUAAAUUAAGUGUUGCUCGACAGAAUGUUGGUUCACAAGUCGAAUCGAAUCUCUGGUCGAAUGAUAUCUAUGAAAGUGCGUGGCGUUAUGGGCAAGUUUCAAUUAAUGGUGGUAUUAGUGCAUUUUCGGCAGUAUUUCAAGCAGUAAGAUCUUCUUCAAAUGUUGUUAUUGGCAUCGAUGAUAUUAUACUUACACUUGGUUACUGUCCGGCACCAAUCAAUUGUAAUUUUGAAGGUAGAACUAUCUGCAGUUGGACGCAACAAAGUGAGGAUACAUUUGAUUGGCUACUUCAAUCGGGUGAAACAGAAUCAUUUGGUACUGGACCAACCGUUGAUCAUACAACUAAUUCUGCACAAGGACAUUAUCUCUAUAUUGAAUCAUCAUUGCCAGCUAAACUGAAUGAUACCGCUCGAAUCAUUAGUGAACAUCUAGUAGUCGGGCAAGGUUGUUUCUCAUUAUGGUAUCAUAUGCAUGGUGAAGAUAUUGGCUCAUUAGUUAUUUAUACAAGUACUCAAACAAAUCCAAUGACAGAAGUGUAUCGACUUCAAGGAGAACAAGGAAACCAAUGGAAUAUAUUAAAUGUCGAUAUUGGCGUAACUUUACAAACUAAUGAAAAUCUACGAAUUAUAGUUGAAGGUGUUGUUGGAGUUAGUUUUCAAGGCGAUAUUUCAAUUGAUGAUGCUGUUUGGUCGCCGAGUAUUACAUGUUCGGCAGUAGUAGUAUCUACAACACCGAGUGGAUCCGUGUCACCUACAACUUAUCCACCUUCAAAUUAUGAUUGCAAUUUUGAAUGUAAAUGUACAUGUCUCUGGACACAUGAUGAUACAACGAACUUUAAAUGGAUCGUUGGAACAGGUUCAACAACAAGUCCUGGAACAGGACCUGAUGGUGAUCAUACAACAGGGUCGAGAUUUGGGUAUUACAUCUAUAUUGAAACAAGUUUUCCAUCUAAACCGAAUGAUACAGCUCGGUUAAUCAGUCCUGAUAUUGUUACAACAAAUGAUGACACAUGUUUUCGAUUUUAUUAUCACAUGUUUGGAUCGGAUGUCUAUCAAUUAAAUAUCUAUGCACGAAUAAACGGAAAUCUUGGCAAAGCUCUAUGGCAAAAACAAGGAAAUCAAGGGGAUCGCUGGUUAUUUGGUCGUAUAUCAUUACGUGGUAAUGUUGAACAAACAAUCGGUCAAGCAUAUCAAUUAGUUGUCGAAGGUAUUGUUGGUAAAGGUUUUCAAGGUGAUAUUAGUGUUGAUGAUCUUGGUAUUAAUCUUGGACCGUGUCCAGCAUCAACUGUCUGUGAUUUUGAAAGUAGCGAUCUAUGUAGUUAUGUCAAUGAUCCAACUAAUACAAUCGACUGGAAACGUUAUCAAGCUGGAACUGAUGCAUCCGUACCACCUGUAGAUGUUACUUACAGUUCAACACAUGGACAUUUUAUGUUCUUAAAAGCUGAUACUCCAGCAAAACCUGUCACUGGCCGUCUUGUAACACCAAGCUAUCCGGACACAAGUGGGUCAUGUGUCCGAUGGUAUAUGAUAUUAGAAAAUGGAGCAACGUUAAACGUUCGAACUUACGCAUUUGGUGCAAUAAAUCCAAAUAUUCUCUAUACUGUCUAUGGUGCACAAGGCAAACAAUGGAAAUUAGCACAAACAACAGUAGCAAGUGGUUCACCUUAUCAAGUCGUAUUUGAAGGCAUUUUAAACAAUGCUAAUAAUACAUUGGAUUCGAUUGCUAUAGAUGAUAUUGAAAUUCGAUCGGGCGUAUGCAAUGAAUUAGGUUCAUGCGAUUUUGAAACUGGUUUAUGUGCUUUUCAAAAUCUUAAAGCUGAUAUUGAAUGGAAACGAACAUCGUACAAUACUGAAUUGUUUAAUGCGCCAGCACUCGAUCAUACAACAAAUAGCCGAGGAGGAUUCUAUCUAUGGUUAGAUCGUCGACAAACAAUUCAAGGAAGAAAAGCUCAAAUUGAAUCUGAACUAAUGACAGUUGAUAUUCGAUGUAUAUCAUUCUGGUACUUUUUGAAUAGUUCUGUUGGUGCUCAAUUGAAUGUUUACAUACGUGAUCCAAAGUCUGAUACGAAGAGUUUAAUCUGGUCAACCAAUCAAACUCAUGGAUCAUUCUGGGUGCUACAAGAGAUCACUGUUCGGCCGAAUAUGACUGUUUAUGGAACAAGCCGAUUUACUAUCGUCUAUGAAGCUGUUGUCGGUUCAGUCAUUGGCGAUUUAGCUAUCGAUGAUUUAACUACACGAUCUGGAAACUGCCUAUCAACAACACCACCUCCGAAUAUGUAUAAAUGUCUUGACGGAAAACUUAUUGCAAAAUCACAAGUAUGCGACUUUAUUGUCGAUUGUCAAGGCGGCGAUGAUGAACGUUCAUGUGGUAAUUGUACAUUUGAUGAUGGAGGAAAUAUUUUAUGCGGUUGGAAUGAUGUUAGUAAAGGUACAACUAUGUGGAAACUUCGUAGAGAUGGAAUAUUACCCGUUGUAAAUCAAGGACCACAACUUGACCAUACAUCAUAUAGUCCUACUGGUAAUUAUAUGUACUUAUCAACAUCGAAUGGAACGACUCUAAAUUCACCAGCACGUUUAAUAACACCUGUUCUUAGUCAAGCAAGUUCAACAUGUCUUCUGGAAUUUUGGAUUUAUAUAACUGGUAUUUCAGUCAAUCAAUUAAAUGUGAUGUUAUUAACUGGUAAUCAAAUUGAACGAGCAACAUUACAACGAUUUCAUUAUCAAUCGAUGAUGAAUUGGACGAAAGUAAAUAUUGAAAUUGGUCGCGUUGAUGUACCAUUUCAAAUAGCAUUUGAUUCAAAACGUUCGACAUCAUUCGGAUGGGUUGCUAUCGAUGAUACGAAAAUCUCUCGUUGCCAUCUACCUCCGAUUGUUAGUGCAAGUCAAUGCCCAGUAGCAGAUCGAUUUCAAUGUGCACGUGGUUCAUGUAUACCUAAAGCUCAUAUUUGUGAUAUGACUGAUGAUUGUGGUGAUCAUUCCGAUGAAUCAAGUCGUCUAUGUGCAUCAUAUCAAACAUGUACAUUUGAUAUAUCGUUCUGUGAUUGGAAACAUGAUAAUUCAACACAAUUUAAAUGGGCAUUACAUCAAGGACCAUCACCAUCGGAUGAAACUGGCCCGAAUCGUGAUCAUUCGACUGGCUAUGCUACCGGCCAAUAUGCUUUUAUUGAAGCAUCAUAUCCACAACUGUAUGGAGAUAAGGCACGUUUGAUUAGUCGAACAUUCGAACCGAAAACAGUUGAUUGCCGUAUGAUAUUUUACUAUCAUAUGUUAGGUGAAGAUAUGGGUGAAUUGAAUAUAUAUGUGCGAUUCUAUUCGAACGGACCAUUAGUUAAGAUCUUUGGUGUCUCAGGUGAACGAGGAAAUUUUUGGAUUCGACACGAAUUAAAAUUGAGUUAUACAACAGCAUUUCAAGUAUUAAUUGAAGGUGUAGUAGGAAUUGGUUAUAUGGGUGACAUUGGUCUCGAUGAUACAGUAUUUACACCGGAAUGUAGCGCUUAUACAUCAUCGGAAUUACCUAUAACAACAAUUACAACAACUCAAGCACCAACACCAUGCCCAAUAGCCGCACAAUUUCGUUGUACUGGAACUGAUAUAUGCAUUGAUCAAAACAAAAUUUGCGACUUUACUGCCGAUUGUCCUGAUGCAUCAGAUGAAGAUCGUUGCGGUCCAUGCAAUUUUGAAAAAGAUGACUGUGGUUGGGAAGAUGUCUCAUGGAGUACUUAUUCAUGGUCUCGAAUAAAAGCAAGCGAAGCUGUAGUUAUUUCACCGAAAGCACCUGCAUUCGAUCAUACACUUAACACUGCAGCCGGAUCGUACAUGCAUGUUGCUGGCGAUAUGGGUGAUUUCUUUGAUCUCGCUGAAUUACGCAGUCCACCAUUGCCUAUAUCAGCUGCCGAAUGUCAAAUCACAUUUUAUUAUUGGCUUGUUGGCAAUACUACUGGCACACUUGAAUUAUUUUCAUCAGACAGUUUUACUGCACUGUGGUCAAGAUCUAGUGCACCAGCGAAUCGUUGGCAUCGAGCUACUGUUAAUGUCGGUGCUAAUCCAGCUGGGUGGAAAUUAUUUUUUGAACUUGAACCGAAUUUGGAUUUUACUGGAGCUUGGACAGAUGACGUUGCCAUCGAUGAUAUCUCAUUUGAACAAUGUACUGCAAAUCGAUCACGAAGCGUACUUGAUUGUGAUUUUGAAAAAGAUUUCUGUUCAUGGGUAACAAAUGGCUUAGCUGAUUUCAGUUGGACGCGAAUAUCAUCGGCAACACCAUCGGCUAGUACUGGUCCACCUGGUGAUCAUACAACUGGUACAGGUUUUUAUAUUUUCAUUGAAUCUAGUGUUCCACAAAAACCUGGUGAUCGAGCGCGACUUGCAAGUCCAUCGAUACCACCGACAACAUCAAGUUGCCUUGCUUUCUACUAUCAUAUGUUCGGUGCUGAUAUUCGAACAUUGAAUGUUAUGCAACAAACAUCAAUUUCAAAUCUAACUAUAUUUACCAAAGAUGGAUCACAAGGAAAUACAUGGAGAAAAGGCGAAGUCAGUGUUCGAAGUACGCUUACAUAUAAAAUUAUAUUCGAAGGCAUUGUUGGAAAUAGUUGGGAAGGUGACAUCGCACUUGAUGAUAUUAAACUUACCUUUGGUAAUUGUCCACCAAGCGAUACAUGUACAUUUGAAUCCGGAUUAUGUGAUGGUUGGGAAAAAGGUGCUGAUGGCGAUUUUGAAUGGUCUCGCGGUCGAAAUGGUUCAACACCGAGUGGUACACCUACUAUUGAUCACACAAUUGUAUCAGCUAACGGACAUUUUCUUUUUGUUGAUCCAACUGGCCGUUCAAUCGGCGAUGAAGCUCAUCUUAUGUCACUAAGCUAUAAAGCCAGUCAACCACGAUGUUUACGGUUUUGGUAUCAUCUUUAUGGAGCUACACAAGGUACAUUACAAAUUCAACAAAAGCCUGAAUUAACUCGUGCUAAAACAAUAUGGUCAAAAUCAAAUGAUCAAGGUAACAUCUGGCGUCAAUCACGUGUUACGAUUCCACCAUUACUUGGUUUGGGUACAUAUAAGAUUCUUAUUGUUGGUAUUAUUGGCUAUCAACCAACCGGAGACAUGGCCAUUGAUGAUAUAUCAAAUGUCGAAGGUGAAUGUCCUGAUUCCGAAGCUUGUACAUUUGAAGAAGGCCUUUGCAGUUGGAUUAAUGGACAAAAUGGUGUUUUUGAUGAUUUCGAUUGGUUACUCAAUUCUGGUUCGACACCAAGUAUUGGAACAGGUCCGACUGUUGAUCAUACACUUGGAACAACCAGCGGAUCCUAUUUGUAUAUUGAAGCAAGCGAAUUAUUUAAUCAAAAUGCAAAUGCUUGGCUUAUUUCGGAACAUUAUGAUGCUGGGUCAUAUUGCUUACUGUUCUGGUAUCAUCUUUAUGGAACAGAUAUUGGCUCGUUAAAUGUAUAUACACGUAUCGGAACAUCAAAACCACAAUUAGAAUGGAGUUUAAGUGGCGAUAAGGGAAAUCGAUGGCAAAUGGGAGCAGUCAGAGUUAACGUUGGAUCAGAAUUUUAUUUCAUCAUUGAAGGUACUCAUGGUGGACAAUUUGCUGGUGAUAUAGCCAUUGAUGAUCUUCUUGUACAGUCAAAUUUGCAAUGUACACUUCCAACAACCACAACAACAAUUCGAACAACAACAACACUUGGUCUAUAUACACCACUAUCAUGUAAUUUUGAAAAUGAUUUAUGUAAAUGGAGAAAUGAUUUAACAACAUCUGGCACAUGGUCACGACGACAAGGUCAAGGCAAUGGUCCACAAUAUGAUCAUACACUACAAACAGAAGACGGUUGGUUUAUUGAUACGUCAAGUUUAAAGAGUAAUCAAACAGCACGUUUAAUUAGUACGAUGACAACAGUAACAACUCGUGGUUUAUGUUUACGAUUUUGGUAUCGUGCCUAUGGUACACAACAAGUGAAAUUCAAUCUAUUGCAACGAGCUUCAUUCGACGGAAAUGCAACAUUAAUUUCAAGCAUACGGCCAAAUCUUGAUAUCGAUUGGCGUGAAGCUAUUAUUUAUCGACAAACAUCAGGCAAUUAUGAAUUUAUUUUUGAAGGUAUUGCUGGUAUUACAGUCAGUGAUUCAGAUAACGUAGCUAUUGAUGAUAUAACAACCAACGAAGGAUCAUGUCCCACACGAAAAUUCUGCGACUUUGAAUCACAAGAUAUCUGUGGUUAUGUUUCUGAUAUAUCGGGUAACUUUAAUUGGACUCGUCAUCGAGGUUCAACAUUCAGUUCUAGUACUGGUCCACAAUAUGAUCAUACAACAUUUACAACAGAAGGUUACUAUAUGUAUAUUGAAACAAGUGCUCCACGUCAACCUGGUGAUAUUGCUCGUUUAAUUAGUCCAACAUUCCCUGUAUCAAAUGAAUACCAUUGUUUACAAUUCUAUUAUCAUCAAUACGGAAUAGACAUCGGUGAAUUCAAUGUUUUUAAACGUGAUGUUGGUGGUUCAUUGAAUCCAUUGAAAAUUUUCACUUCACGAGGAAAUCGUUUUGAUGAAUGGCAUGUUAUGGAAAUUAAUAUUGUACCAACGAAACCGUAUAAUAUCAUAUUUGAAGGUGUUGUCGGAAAGAGUUUUGAAGGCGAUAUUGCUAUUGAUGAUGUUCUUAUCAAAGAUCGAGCUUGUCCAUCAAUUGGCAAUUGUGAUUUUGAACAAGGCUUAUGUGCGUAUAAAAAUUCGGAAAAAAAUCGCGAAGUAGAUUGGAUACGUAUACGUGGUGAUACUGAAGAUAAUACAAUAGGAAGUCAAUUCGGAACUUAUCUAGCAUUUGAUAUAACGCCAACAACUGCAUUAUCAAGUCGUGCUCUAUUGAUAUCACCUGAUUUGGAUAAUACAGCACAAUAUUGUUUUCAAUAUUAUUAUAGAAGUUAUGGCAAUGUUCAAGGGUCUGUAUCAAUCAAUCGACAAACAUUUGCUAAUGCAACUGCACGAUAUUUAUUAGUGAAACACGAUACUACAGAUUUUACAAAUCAAUGGAAACUUAAUCAAAUAGCACUUACUCCAUUAUUAAAUCAAACAUCAAAUGUAUAUCGUCUAUUAUUCGAAGGUAUCAGUGGCAAUGGUGUUGGUCGUUUAAUGUUUGACGAUUUCGAACUUGUUAAUGGACCAUGUCCACAAAUGCCAACUAACUGUUCCAUUCAAUGUGAUACAAAAGCUGGUCAAAGACAAUGUAUACCAACAAGUCAAAUAUGUGACUUCAAUCGUGACUGUCUUAAUGGUGAAGAUGAACGUCUAUGUGGUUAUGAUUGUACUUUUGAAAGUGGCCUAUGUAAUUAUACGGAUCCAUCAGCAGGCGCCUAUAAAUGGCGACGACAACGCGCGGGCUCGUCAAUACCUGGUACUAAUUCAGGACCGAUAAUUGAUCAUUCAACAUUAUCAGCGAGUGGUUAUUAUAUGAUUGUAGCAACAAACAACGGUACGAUUGAUGAACGUGCUCAUUUACUUUCGCCACCGCUUCAGCAAUCAUCGGCAACAUGUGAAUUAACAUUCUAUUAUCAUAUGGCAGGUGCUAAUGUUGGUCGUCUUGAAGUAUUACUGAUAGAAGGUCUACAAGAAAGUCGUGUAUGGUCCGUAGAAGGUACUCAAAGCAAUCGUUGGCAUAAAGGUGUUGUUAAAAUUGGCCGUCUCUAUCGUUCAUUCCGAAUUCGUUUUGAUGCAAGAAAAACAGCAUCAAGUUUUGCUGACAUAGCAAUUGAUGAUAUUCAAUGGAUCGGUUGUAAUCUACCUCUACUUACGAAUGAAACAACAAUAUGUAAUCCUAAUCAAUUUCAAUGUAAACGUGGUGGUUGUGUUGAUCAAAAUCGUGUUUGCGAUUAUACAGAUGAUUGUGGUGAUAUGAGUGAUGAAAACAAUGCAACUUGCAUAAGACCUGCUGUUAUACCAGGUUGUGAUUUUGAAAUAAAUUCAUGUAAAUUUGCUGGUAUAGGCAUUUCGGAUCUUCGAUUUGAACGUGCACGUGCCUAUCAAUUAGUAAAUGAUUAUGCACCUGAAAGAGAUCAUACAUUAAAUAAUUUAGCUGGUGCUUUUGUUUAUGUAAAUACACUUGAUCAACCAGCUGAUCGUCUAGCUCACUUUAGAUCAUCGAGACUCGUUUCAUCGGCCGGUUGCAAAGUACGAUUUCAUUAUUAUAUGAAUGGUGCAUUAAAUCCGGGCUUAUUAACAUUUAUGGUUCGAAAUCAAUCAGCAGGAGCAACAACAUAUCUUUGGUCAACAUCAAAAGUACUUGGUGAUUAUUGGGAACGACAAGAAUUAUUAUUACCAACAGGAUUCUUACUUGAAUUAUUGAUUCAAGUUAAAACUUUAGGUGAUGGUGGUGGUAUUAUUGGUUUAGAUGAUAUAUCAUUCUCAUCCCAAUGUGCUAACUCAGAUACAUUUUUACCCUAUGGUACAACGACUAGACCAACAGGAACAACAGCAACACCUCCUGCGUGUGCAUUUACAUGUGAUGAUGGCACUUGUAUCGGAAAAGAGAAACGUUGCAAUUUUGUACCGGAUUGUGCAAAAGGUGAAGAUCAACUUGAUUGUGGUGAUUGUGAUUUUGAAAAAUCGUCUUGCGGUUGGGAAGAUGAUAGUACUGAAUAUUAUGUAUGGGCAAGACGUAAUGCAUCAUCGAUUCUACUCAUGCCUGGUGAUAUGACAACAAAUACUUCAAGAGGUUUUGUUAUGACAGUUGCUGGUGGUUCAGGAUCAUUUGCUGGUAGUAGUCGAUUAAUUUCUGAACGUAUUGCAUCAGCAGCAGCUUCGUGCCGUGCUAAAUUUGGUUUAUAUCGUAAUCGUGACCGAGAUGGCACAUUAGCACUUUAUCUGGAAGAUGAUUCGAAAUUGACAACAAAAAUUUGGACUGAUCCACGAACAACAAUCGGUCAAAAAUGGACUCCAAUAACUGUUAGUAUUGGACGAAGAAGCUCCGGUUUUCGACUUGUAUUCAUUUCAACUCAUGUUGGCUCAACAAUAUUAUCUGAUAUAUCGAUUGAUAACUUUCAAUUUCAAGAUUGUGAUGCUCACGUCAUUGGUCAUUGUGAAGGUUUUACUGAUCCAUUCAAUUGUUCAAAUGGAAAUUGUAUACAUAAAGAUAAUCUAUGUGAUUUUAGUGAUGAUUGUGGAGAUAGUACUGAUGAAUUUAGUUGUGAGCAGUAUGUCGACAUGUGUAAUUUUGAACACAAUCCAGAACCAAUAUGUUCGUGGUCACAUGAUGAAGAUGCAGACUUUAAAUGGUCACGUAUACGCGGAGAUCAAGUUAAUAAUCUUGAUUGGUAUGAUGAUUUCUGGCAAUUAUAUGGUCCUGAUCGUGAUCAUACAUUAGGAACAUCACAAGGACAUUUUCUAUUUCUUGAAACAAGUGCACCUCGAAAACCAAAUGACACAGCACGUGUUGUUAGUCCUGUAUUCAAUCCAACUACAUCAGGUGAUUGUCAAUUCCGAUUCUGGUAUCAUAUGUAUGGCUUUGAUGUUGCAUCAUUAAAUAUAUAUACACGUACUUCUGUCGGUGGUCCACUAACAUUAGUUUGGAAUCAAAAUGGUCAAAGAGGUGAUGAAUGGCUUCGUGCUAAAAUUGUUCUCAAAGUUCAACAACCGUUUCAAGUACUGAUCGAAGGUGUUCGUGGUGCUGGUUAUGAAGGUGACAUUGGUGUUGAUGAUACAAGUUUUACACCAGGUUGUCAAUUACUACCAACAGCUACAUUACCGCCUGUUAUAGAUGUAACAGUAACAAGUCCAUAUUGUAAUGCAACAUUCUCUCAUUGUCUACAAAAUACUCGUCAAUGCUUACCAGUCGAACAAUUCUGUAAUUUUAAUAUUGAAUGUACAGAUCAAACCGAUGAAUUAUCAUGUCCAUUAACAUGCACUUUUGAACAAAAGUCAUUAUGUUCAUGGAACAACGAUCGAAAACAAAAACUUAGUUGGGACUUCGGCAGUGGUAGAACAUCAUCACUUGACACAGGUCCAAGCACUGAUCAUACAACACAUAGUAUCAAUGGAACAUAUAUCUAUCUGGAAACAAGUACAGGCCUUUUUGGAGAUCGUGCUCAUCUUAUUAGUCCACUCUAUCGUAAAUCAUCGAAAACUUGCAUGUUUACAUUCUGGUAUCAUAUGUUCGGCAAUACAAUUAAUACAUUGAAUAUUCAUGUACGUGCCGGCGGUGUUGAUACAUUAAUAUGGUCGUUACAAGGCAAUCAAGGCGAUGAAUGGCGGCAAGGAACAGCUUAUCUACCAACAUGUGCAUCGGAAUUCAAUAUGAUUGUUGAAGGUGUACGCGGUACAUCAUUUACCGGUGAUAUAGCCCUAGAUGAUUUCCGUUUUGAACAAUGUUAUGAACGACCUGCAUUAUCAACAUGUCCAGAAAUUCCUGGAGAUCCGAAUCCAUUCAUGUGCCGUAGCAAACACUGUAUACCACAGAAAAGUAAAUGUGAUUAUGAAUUAGAUUGUUGUGACGGUAGUGAUGAAGAGUAUAGUACAUGUUAUGAUUAUCAAAGAUGCGAUUUUGAAACAGAUUCUUGUCAAUGGGAAAAAUCAGCUGGUAGUGAAUUAAUGUGGGAAAGAUAUCGUGCAAAUAUAUUACCAUAUGAUCGACGACCACCAUACGAUCAUACAACACGUAGUCAACUUGGUCAUUAUUUACAAUUACGUAUAGAUGCAACAACACCAAGAGAUUCAUUGGCGACUGUAUCAAAUUAUCUCGGCGCAGAAACACAGCAAGGAUGUUCAAUGCGUUUCUGGAUCUAUUUCAAGGCUAAUCAUAAUGGAGAAUUAGUUGUGGGCUAUCGAUAUGUCAUAGGAGAUGUUAUCAAACCGUUACCAUUUGCUAGUUUUGGAUCAUGUCAAACAAACGCAACAAAAUGUUCAUGGCAGCUUAUUGAGGUUUCAUUAAGUGCCGUAUUAACUCAGCCAACUGAAAUUAUUAUUGGCGUAAAAACUGGUAUUGAUCGUGAUGCAAUCAUGGCAAUCGAUGAUGUAACAUUUACACCACAAUGCAUCAAAUACAAUGGAACCAUACCAACAGUUCCUACAACAACACCAUACACAGGUACAACAACACCAUAUACAGGACCAUCAACAACAACAACCACAACAACGACAACACCCGAAGGAGAAACAACCACAACAACGACAACACCCGAAGGAGAAACAACCACAACAACCACAACAAAAACAACUACGACUACUCAUGCUGAAUGUGCUGAAUUCUUUUGUUAUAACGAAGGUAGUUGUAGACCACAACUUGGUAAACCAGUUUGCGAAUGCAAACCUGGCUUCAAUGGUCUACGUUGUGAAAAUAAGGUGCCACCAGCGAAGAAGAAUAAAUUGGGUGCUAUUUUGGGUGGAAUAUUUGGUGCACUUGCUGCCAUUGCUUUAAUUGUUAUUGGUUAUAUCUAUGUUUUGCCGAAGAUACGCGCUGCUAGAGAUGUAAGUACAAGUACACGAUUACUUGAUUCAAUACCAGUAGGUCCGAUUACAAAUCCUGCUUACAAUGCAACUGCAACAUCUGAUGCAUGA